CAAACCUCCCCCCAAUUUAUCAUCAAACCUCCCCCAACACCAUUCCUUUGUCUCCACACCUCUAAUAUCAUAAAAACCACCCUCUCUCUCUUUCUCUCUCUCUCCACCCAAAGUUAACAUUUUCUAGAGAGAGAAAAUUGUUCUAGAGAGAGAAAUAAAACUACCCUCAUAAGCUAGUAAGUGCAAGGAAGCCAACUUUGGAAGAGAUUCCCUACUUCCAUUAAUCAAUCCAUUCUCCCCCACUUUCAUACACCAUUCUUUUCUUCACUUCUCUCUUUUCUUUUCCCUUUCUCCCUAUCGAAUCGGAACCUCUCACAUAAUUCAAAAUGACUGAUAGAGUCUACCCCGCCGCAAAGCCAAACCCGCCACCCGCGGCAAUGAACGGAGGCGGCGGGGGAGUCAACGGGACCGCCGCAAACGGAGUUGGACCGGCUAAAACCGGUCAACUCUACAACCCGAACCGCCCUCGCCCGGUCGGUUACCGCCCACCGCAAAACCGCCGGUCAAGACGGUCAUGCUCGUGCCGAAAAUGCUGCUGCCUUACAUUCAUAUACACACUCAUUGCCAUCUUAACACUCUUAUUAAUAGCGGCAAUCGCCGCGUGCAUCUUCUACGUGUUGUACCACCCGAAACAUCCAACCUUUUCGGUGUCCACAAUCCGAAUCUCCAAAUUCAAUCUCAGCUCGGCCGAUCCAACCGGAUUCUACCACCUCAACUCCCGCCUCGACUUCACCCUCACCGCCAAAAACCCCAACAAGAAGAAGAUCACCUUCGUGUACGACCCCAUGUCGGUGGAAUUCUCCGGCGCCGGCGUCGACGCCGGCAACGCCACUCUCCCGGCGUUCACCCACGUCAACGGAAACACCACCAUACUCAAAGCAACCAUCUUAAGCGACCCGACCCGAGAUCUAGACUCGGAUACGGUUAAACCGCUCAAAUCCGAUCUAACCAAAAAGAGUGGAUUUCCAAUAACAGCUGAGUUGAAUACAAUGGUUCAAGUACAAAUGGGAAAAAUCAAGACUAAGAAGAUUGGAAUCAGAGUUAUUUGUGAUGGGAUUAAGGGAUUUCAACCGAAAAAUGCGACGUCGAAAACACCGACACCUGGAACGACGUCGGAUGCUAAAUGUAAGGUUGAUCUUCGAAUUAAGAUCUGGAAAUUUACUUUUUGAUUAUUUUUUUAAUUUUUUUUUUUGGGUUGAUGAUAUGACUUUUGUUGUUUGUUUACAGUACUACUACAAUUUUUUUUACAUAUAUUUUAAUUUUAUUUUUAUAUAAAUGGGGUUUAUAAGUUUCGAUCUUUAUAAAUCUGGGCUUGUAAACUUUUUUUUUUUUUUUUUUUUGUUGAUUUGAUUUUAGUUCAUUUGUUUUCUGCCCAAAAAUGGGUUGAGCAAAUUUGAAAAAAAAAAUAUGUGAAAUGGAGAAAAUUUGUGACUAGCAAAUUUUUAGAAUUAUACAGUAAUGAAAAUUGAUUGAUAGUA